GUUUAACCUUAAAGUUUUAUCUUGAAUACUUAAGGUAGCUCACUAGACCACAAUUUGUGCUUUUUAUAACACAACGUCACAAGAUGGCAAUUUAUUUGUUAAAUAAUGUUUGUAUAUAUCAAUGGAUUUGACUGAAAAUAUAAUCAUAGCUAAGUUGUUAAUGUAUCAGUUAAAGAACCGCAGCUCAUCUGUUGGAAACAACCAGAGCUUUUUGUUCUUAUUUACAUAUUUUUUCUCCAUAUUUACAUAAUUUAAACUUUGAAAAUCUUAAUUUUUUAUCCAAAACUUUAAACUUCACAUUUUUUUUGCUUAUAUUCACCUAUUUGACUUUUGAUGCAUCAAUUAACAAGGAAUUAUCUGCAGAUUUGAGAAACUAUUUCAAGGUGUAGUGAAUCAUGUACCUUAAAUAUUUCAAAGAUUUUUUCUUUGUCCUGUUGAGUUUGAGAUAAUGAGAAUUAACUGUAAAUGUGAUAUACAGUUCUUGAUUUUAAAUUGUUUUUCAUUGUUCAUCUAUAACUGACAUCCCUGGGGUACAUACAUUUUGGAUACAGUAUACGGCAUUACAUUGGGCAGCAAAGCAUGGUAAACCAGAAGUUAUAAAAUUAUUGGCUAGUCAGCGAAAUGUAGACAUCAACAAAAGAACUAAUGUAAGUAUUCAUUUUAUUUUUUAUUUAAUAAAAAAUUCUUUUCACAAAUUAAAUUAAGAUAAAUAAACUAUUUCAGAAAUAAUUGUAAACGAACUAUUAUACACAUCACAUAUUAUUUGUGAAUAAAAAAGUGGCGCAAUAUACACAAGACAAAAUGCAAUACUCACUUGCACAAGUUAAUUAUAUCGAUGAUCCCAUUCUGUCCCAUGUACAUUGCGCCAGUUUAUUUUACUUCAUGACUUCAUACUUUCAUAAUAUAUAUAUACCAUUACUUUGAAGUCUAACAGUGCUUUGAUACUGUUUAUUUUGCCCGAUCAUUUAUUCAACUUGACACUCUCAUACACAAGUUAAUUAAUUAUAGGGAUGAUCCCAUUAUGUCUCUUGUAUAUUGCGCCACUGUAUUUUAAUUACUUCAUGACUUCAUACUUGUAUACCUUUACUUUGGAGUCUUACAGUGCUUCGAUAUUGUUUAUUUUGCCCGAUCAUUUCUUCAACCUGAUAUACAGCCUACAUUUAUUUGCUUUGAAUGUUUGUACAGUAAUCAAUAAUUAUCAAGUACAAUAAAAAGAAUUGUAUUAGCAUUUGAACAUUUGGAUUUCACUUUUAAUCAAUGCACAUACAUUGAUUAUUUGAAGAAGAAAAAAGAGCACCUGACUUUUGAGUAGUCAUUAUGAACACAAGUCAGCAAAGUGCUUAGCAAUAAAAAUUGCCCCAUCAGAGGUUUUCAUGAAUUUCGCAAGUGAAUAUAUUAGUAUAUAAAUCAUAUACUCAUUAUUUACUUUUCUUGAUACUGUCAGUUUUACAGAGUGUGAUCCGAUUUUCCAGAUUACCACACUGUGGGUUUCCAACCCUGUAUCACCAUUCUCUGAAACUGAUAACGUAGGAGUCUCAUUAAAUGAUAUCUGUAUUUUAGCGGGUUUUUAAAAGAGCUCAUUAAAAAAUAGCUUUGCUGAAUAAGUGAACAUCAUACAACUGAUUUUAGGAAGAUGGUAUUGUAACUAAAACUUUUAAUUGAACAAUCUGAAUCACGUCUCACUGCCAGGCAUGAAUCAUCCGAUUAAACUCAACGCUUUGUGUCUCGUUUGAUCUGAUAAUCAGUGCCUGGCAGCUCGACGUGAUCCAGCCCUUUCGAUCAAGUUACAUUAAAAUGAUAAAUAUUUAUUACACUUUUAUAAACUAUUGACUUUAUGGGAUAUUUGUUGAACUUAUUUAUUUUAAAGCUUCAUUAAAUAAUCAUGUAUAUCAGGUGUUUUAAUUAGUUUAUAACAGUACUCCUUCACAAAUAACCCAUCCUAGAGAAGAAAAGUUCAAUAAAUUCUGUUGAGUUGUGAUUACACGUAAGUUUUAAUUUUGAAUAAUGCAGGCAUUUGCUAAUUGAAAACAAAGACAAAACUUUGGAGGAGGAGUGUUUUUUAAUUAGAACAUUGUUCAGACAUUACAACCUAUUUAUCUAUAUAUGUACCCUCAGGUAAUGAAGUAUACAGGGCGUGGGUGGUUGGGGGUUUAUCUUAAUCUUAAUCAAUGUCUGUUGACACUGCAUAUGAACAUUAUUUUGUAUAGACUAUCCCUAUAACCACUGGCACCGCCAAAAAGCAUAUACCUUUUAACUGCAUGUAAUGGCGUCUCGAUCAUUUUGUGAAAAAAAUCUGGGCAAGGUGUGAAAUGAUAGAAAUCAAUCACUCAUGUUUUUCUAUAUCAUUCUUUUUUAAAGUUAAUAAUUUGAUUAAUGUUUCAUAUACUUGCAAUGUUUUAAACUAUGUGUUUGUUUUAAACUGUGUAUUUGUUGAAAGUUUCAAUAUAAAGAUAGAAUAAAAAUUGAUAUAAUAUGUAACGAUAGAAGCAAGAUCAAAUAUUAAAAGUUCUUGAAAAAGAAUUAAUUAUUAAUUUUUUUAUUUUUCAUAUUGAUGAUCCUUUUACUGUACUUAGGGGGGCUACACUGCAUUACAUCUUGCUGCUAUGCAUGGGCAUGAAGAAAUCAUUGAACUUUUAGUUUCAACGUACAAAGCAGAUGCUAACCUACGAGAUUACAGUGGAAAGAAAGCUAAACAAUACUUAAGAAACACUGCCUCAACAAAAGCACAGCGUUUGUUCGGAAAUGACAUAAAUGUUAUUGCAAUGGGAGAGUUAUUGUUAUCAAGAAAGUUGGGAUCAUCAAUGGGUUCUGGAAGAUCUCUGGAUGAUUCUUUUACAAGAAGUGCGUCGUUUAGACGAAGCAAGCAGGUCAAGGCAAUAAGCAAUCUGAUUCAUGGUUCCUCUUCCGGUGUGAAGGCCAUGUUUAGGACCACAUGGACCGGAUCAGCGGAUGAACUCGGUCGGAACCGGAUGUCACGCUCCAGAAGUCCCAGCGCUACUCCACCCACCAGUGGGCACUCCUCGCCAAGUCCUCAGCGGAGAGAGACGUUUGCCAGUCGGUCAGUAGAUAGAGAAUUGAUGCCACCUCCCUCCGGCCCCGCCCGAAAAAGGAGAGAAGCACAAUCAACAAGUGAAGGAAAUCCAACCCCUGAAGAAAUACCUAGAACAAUAUCGGAACCUUCCUUAGUCAAAGGGAGAGGGUCAAAAACUUUCAUUUGAUUGUCCAUAACAUCAGAACUUUGCAUUUCACUGUUCAGCCAUGGAUCAUUAUCAUGAGAUCAUCACCACUGCCUGGUGUCAUCAAAUCCGAUAUUGAAGGUGCAAUACUAUGAGGACAUAAGGAAUAAAACAUGUAUUUAUUAGCAUUUAGAAUCUCCAUUGUAAUUUGUUAUUUACAAAACAGUUGGCAUUUACAACAUGUACUUACAUUUUUUUACCGAAAUAUAUGUAAUAUAAUUGAUAUGCACUUACACAAUGUAUAUGUAUUUUUUAUUUGUUACCCAUAUUGUUGAAAAUAAAAUGAAUAUAAAAAAAAGGGCCCUCUUGAUUUUU